GUCACUAUAGGUCACCGACGGACUUUUUACGUUCCUCCUUCAAGAUGGAGGACGAGGUGGAUGUUGACAUCGAAGGAGACGAGUUCGAUGUUAAUAUCGGUGAGCAAGAUCCAAAAGGGUUAUUUCAGGAGCAGUCUGCGUGGAAGAAUAAUGUGGGCAUUCUGCCCUGGGAGUUGGAUACGUCCAUCAGCAACGAAAACCGAGAAGCUAUCCACAAAAUGCUACUGGAGGAGCAAUACUACCUGAAAGGCCAAACGAUUCCCGACCAUAUUUGGCCCAGUGAUGCCAACAACAAGCCUAAAAUGAGGAAAUCUCCGGCUAAGACUUCCUCCUCCUCCCGAUGGUCCAAACAGGAAAAAGAAUUGUUUGAAGAGGGGCUGGCGCAGUUUGGGCGAAGGUGGACAAAAAUUGCCAAGUUGGUGGGCAGCCGCAGUGUCCUUCAGGUCAAGAACUACGCCAGACAGUAUUUGAAACACAAAGCCAAGAUGGCACCGGGCAUGGCGGCUCCCUCUGCAAGCGCUGCACCGCCCUCACCGCACGCUCAGCCCAGCCCUGCCAACACGGUACGCAUGGAGAUGCUGGAUGAGGACGAGGACGAAGACGUGGACAUCACCGAUGACCUCGGCGGCGAGGUCCAGCCCGGACCUCCGCCCGCGCCUUCGCUCGGCCUCUUGGAAGAGCCCGCCGAGGACCGGGAGGCUGAAACGUCAACAGGGUCCACGCGGGCGGAGGAAGAAGAGAGGGAGCAUACUGCAGAGCCUUACGGACAGGAAGAAGAUCACGAGGAAGAGGAGGAGGAGGAAGAGGAGCUCAAUGUGCCGGAGCAGGAAGUGGAGCUGGACGUGGAAUGCAUCAGCGAGGACGAAAAGCAAGCCAUCCCGGAGUUCUUCGAGGGACGGCCUUCCAAGACACCCGAGAGAUAUCUGAAGAUCCGCAACUACAUCCUGGACCAGUGGCUGAAGAGCAAACCCAAGUACCUGAACAAGACCUCGGUGCGGCCCGGCUUGAAGAACUGCGGAGACGUCAACUGCAUCGGGAGGAUCCACACGUACCUGGAGCUCAUUGGCGCCAUUAACUUCAACUGCGAGCAAGCGGUGUAUAAUCGGCCCCGGGUGGCAGACCGCACGAAGCAGAAGGAGGGCAAAGACGUGCGGGAGGCCUAUCAGCUGGCCCAAAGGUUACAGAGUAUGCGGACCAGAAAGCGACGCGUGAGAGACACGUGGGGAAACUGGUGUGACGCCAAAGACUUGGAGGGACAAACAUAUGAGCAUCUUAGCGCCGUGGAGCUGGCCAUGCAUAGACAGCGCCCCAAAGCCUGCAAAAUGUUCAGACACAGAGGGUCUUUUGAUCCCUUCCAGCUCAUUCCAUGUAGGUGCUUUGGAGAGGACGCACAGGAACCAUUCAGAGUCAUUGUGUGUGCUGAGACGCUGCUGAUUAUGGACAUGCAUGCUCACGUGUCUCGAGGCGAGGUGAUCGGUCUUCUUGGAGGAACUUUCAACGAGGAGGAUAAAGUGUUGAAGAUCUGCGCGGCGGAGCCGUGCAACAGCGUGAGUACGGGGCUCCAGUGCGAGAUGGACCCUCUGUCUCAGACGCAGGCCUGCGACGUGCUCUCCUCUCUGGGCUUCAGCGUGGUGGGUUGGUACCACUCCCACCCGUCCUUCCACCCAAACCCGUCCGUGCGCGACAUCAACACGCAGGACCAGUUCCAGAGUUAUUUCUCCCGCGGUGGUGCUCCGUUUAUCGGGAUGAUCGUGAGCCCAUACGACCCGGCCAAUCCCUCCCCCCAUUCCCAAACCACCUGCUUGUUGGUCAAGGAGUGCCAAGACCCGCCGGCACCUCAAAAGCUUCCCUACAAAUUUGACUUCCUGCCAUCACAGGACAUCCCAGACUGGGAUCAGUCUUUAAGAAGAGCUCUGUGGAUCAUCCACAAAUACUCCCGAACAUCAGGGAGUGUGCGCAUGGAGCGAUUUUUCCGGAGAGACUCCCACCUCACCUGUCUGGAAAAGAUGCUGUCGUCGCUGGCGAGGUACCUGGAGCCGCUGCCCGACGAGAACGAAGAGGGAGAAGCCUUCCUCACUCAAAUCCACGCUCUCUUCCUUUCUGACUUCAUCGCCCAGCAGCCCAUUGAAGGCGAGCACCAGGAGAGCAAUACGUCAAGUAAUUCGCCCGCACCCGUGAGUUUGGGAGAUGUCGAAGAGGAUUCGGGAGGCGACGAAACCCACUCGAGCAACAUACUGCAUCUUGGCUCUGUGCUGUCCACUGGACAUGACUAUUUACUCUGAUAUGAUUGUAUUUAGAAUGCUACAUUUGUAUAUACUUUUUUUUUAACCAAUAUAUUAUGCAACUAUAUUUCCACUGAGAUUUUAAAUACAUUCUGGACAUACAAUACACUGAACUCUCUAGAAGAAAAAGUUGCUUAUUUGUAUACACAGUUUCAAGUGACCCGAUAUACAGGUUUUUCAAAACACGAUCUGUUGCUCAACGUUUUUUUUUUUUAACUUGCAAGGAAAGAUCUGAGAGGGCGAGACGGUGGCAGUAAACUUUUUAAAAAAUG